UAUCGAUCGUUUGUCUUUUAUAGAAUUCUAUCAAAGAACUCAACGGAAUCAAAAACACGUGAAUACGGCUUAAACGUACAUCACAAACGAAAUUAUCAACAGGCAGAACAUUAAACAGCUACACACAACUCAGGAAAGACCAUAAGACCUACAACAAUAACAGAGGUGGGAAAUCGUGCGCAAGUACGUUCAAAAACAUUGUAGUUGCCUUUCGAGGACCGAACAGCAGAAAGCCUGGGAGAAAAGAUGAACAGCUUGUCUCCUGAAGUGGCCCUUAGCCGGAUUUCACCCGACUUGCGACCACUAUUGAGCAGUGUUAUCCGCAAUGGCAGUGUGGGCCUGGAUUCGACGAACAGUCUACGUAUAACUGACCUCAAAACUGGAUGUACCUCCUUGAUGUCAGGUCCGUGCUGCGAUCGCUUUAAGCUGCACAUUCCCUAUGCUGGAGAGACACUCAAAUGGGACGUCAUCUUUAAUGCAGGGGAUCCUACGCUGCCUCCAGAUUUCAUUUUUGGAGAGGAUGCUGAAUUCCUUCCCGAACCAGUAGAACUUCCACACUUGUGUGCUUGGGAUUCUCAGGACCCCGAAUGCCUGGUGCAGCUGGUGAAGGAGCUGCUCCAGCAGUAUCACGAGUACCAGUGCCAGCGGCUCCGGGAAAGCUCUCGUCUGCUCUUUGAGUACGACAGCCUGUUGGAUGAGCCAGGGUAUGGACGCAGCAUGGAGGUCUACGCUGGACGCAAAAACAGCUGGACGGGGGAGUUCUCUGCUCGCUUCCUGCUUAAGCUCCCUGUGGACUUCAGCAACAUCCCCAUCUAUCUCCUCAAGGACACAGCACUGGACCCAGCUGAAGACGUUGCUCUUCUCUCAGUCAGUUUUGAAGAUGCUGAGGCAACCCAAGUCUUUCCUAAACUCUACCUCUCCCCCAGUAUUGAGCAUGCUCUUGGAGGCGCGUCAGCUCUGCACAUCCCGGCAUUCCCCAGUGGAGGCUGUCUGAUAGACUAUGUACCGCAAGUGUGCCAGUUACUCACUAAUAAGGUGCAGUACGUCAUCCAGGGCUACCACAAAAGAAGAGAAUAUAUUGCAGCCUUCUUGAGUCACUUUGGAAUGGGAGUGGUGGAGUAUGAUGCUGUGGGUUUCACUAAGCUCACACUUCUCCUGAUGUGGAAAGACUUCUGUUUCCUGGUUCAUGUGGACCUCCCUCUGUAUUUCCCACGAGACCAGCCCACCCUGACCUUCCAGUCCAUCUACCACUUCACCAGCAGUGGUCAACUCUACUCUCAAGUGCAGAAGUCCUACCCCUACAGUCCACGUUGGGAUGGCAAUGAAAUGGCCAAAAGAGCCAAGGCCUACUUCAAGAGCUUUAUUCCUCAGUUUCAAGAGGGGGCAUUUGCCAAUGGAAAACUCUAGUGUUCACCUGAAGUUAUGUCUGUCAGUACAUGUUAUUUGAGUCAAAUUGUUUUUGUAUUUACGAUGGGGCAAUUCCAAUUUGUAUCUUUCCUUGGAAUGUGCAUCUGUAAAAUAAAAAUAAUGUGUGUGUGUGU